CAACAUGGCGGUCUCACCCGAGCAGCAGAUUUCGAGCUCUUAUUUUGUUAGAGAAAUUGAGAAAAAUGACGGCUCUGUUUUGAAACUAUAUCAGUAUAGUACAGGCGAUGUAGGGUGCGUGGUUUGGGACGCGGCCAUUGUGCUAUCAAAAUAUCUCGAGACAGAGCAGUUUUGUAAUUCCCAGUCAGGGGUCAGUACAUGGUCCUGCAAACACAUGAUUGAGCUUGGCGCUGGAACAGGACUGGUUGGUAUCAUGGCCGCAUCUUUGGGAGCCAACGUCACAGUGACAGAUCUGGAGGAUCUCCAGCCUCUUCUUGAACUAAACAUCCGGGAAAAUCGAGACCUCCUCAGUACAGGCUCAAUUACAGCCAAGGUACUGAAAUGGGGUGGAAAUGUGACUGACUUCUUACCAUAUCCAGAUUAUAUUCUAAUGGCUGACUGCAUCUAUUAUGAACAGUCUGUGGUGCCGCUUGUAGAGACCUUGAAGCUCUUGGCCGGACCUGAGACCUGCGUUAUCUGCUGCUAUGAGCAGCGCACUAUGGGAGUUAAUCCUGAAAUAGAGAAGAGAUUUUUUGAGUUGUUGUUGCAAGAUUUCAAGGCUGAGAAGGUGCCAGCCGAACGACAAGACCCUGAGUUUAAUAGUCCUGACAUUCACAUUCUACGUCUACGGCGCAGACAUAACUGAAUGGUUUUAAACAUUUAUGCAUUUGGUUCAACAUCACUGCUAUGAGUUAUUACUCAAAAAUCUGAAAAGAAUUACACUUGUGUUAAUAUAUUCUAAACUGUCCAAUAUUAACUGACUCCUGUGGAAGACUCGGCUCUCUUGACUUGAGUUUUCUUUGUGAAAGAUGAGCUAGACAGGUUCACCAACUAAUCUAAUCUGCAUGUCUUUGGACUUGAAGGAAACUGGAGAAAACCCAGCAAGCAUGGGGAGAAAAUGUUUUGAGUUCAUUGAUGUGAAAUAAAAUGUAUUAGUGCAUGUUGUAUUACAUAUUACAUAAGACAAGUAUACAUUUAACACCUAAAGUUUAUUAGGAAAAUUAAAUAUUGGGUUGAAAAUUCUAGAAACAAGUCUAAAUCAUUGAGACUGCAUGUUUAGACCUAUAAUGAAAUAUUAAAACCAUCACUGAAAUAGUAAUAUUAAUGUAUAUUAUUGUAAAAGUAUUAAUGUAUUAUAGUUAUAAUUAUGACAGUAUAAUAAUGACACAUUCCUGUCUGUUUUUUUUUUUUUUGAGGAGCAAUAUCGGUAUAAAUCUUAGGUUUAAAUAACUGUGCAUUUUUAGUGCAGCUGCUGUAUACGAUAUAUCAAGGAAAAAUUCACUAGUAAAUUUCAUACUUUCUACAAAGGAUUAAAAUAUCUUAAGUCUGGUUUGAUUCUAAAGAGUUGUAAAUAAAUCCAUUUCAGGCUCUGUGGAUUUAUGCCAUUCUUUGAGUCUCUGUCUUCAGACCCUGUCUCCUGACUCUGUUUAGACAGAUGGUACUUUUUUCCCCCUCAUCACUGUAUCCAAUCCAGUCUUUUUCCUUGAAGUCAUUAAAAUAUUUUCCAUCCCAUUUUGCUCUUGUUACUUUUAACCACUGUAGAAAAUAGCUGUGCUUUUCGGCUGGUGUACUGCUACAAACCUUUAUAUCAUAUAAUCCGUACGGUUAAGUUCUGUAAAUACUUUUAAUAUUUUAUAAUUUUAAUGAUUUUAUAAUUUUACUAUUUUUAUUUGAUUGAUGAUGCAGGUUCAGUGCAAAUCCUUGCAAUACAUUUGAUUAGAUAAUACAUUUAGCUAUAAAGUAUAUAUGGCCUUAGGGAGGUAAUUUAACCUCUCAGUUUUUUUCCUUCAAACAAACUGUAUGUAAUUCUCAUUUCAAACAGCAGGUGCUCUAGUGAAGCACAUCCAGCACGUGGAGAAACCUGAACUUAAGUGUAACAGAUAGACACGAUCAACUUUUAGAACUGACGAUUAAAGAACAUAAAAUAUUUCAUAAUAUCCUACUAAUGUUGAUGUUUUCUGGGAGCAAUUAAUACUUUAUAAUAAAUUUUGAGAAAAAUCAUUGUAAUGGUCUGUAUUUUGUGUGUCUGUCAAAAAUAAUAGAGAAGUCAGCAGGUUAGGUGAGACAAUGCAGUCUGCAGUGUGUUGGUGGCCAGCAACCCCCAGCCUGUGUUAGGGGAAUUCUGCACUGGGGAGAUUAGCACAAAGAUUAGGGCACUUUCACAGGCCUAUAGCAUGAAGCAAGGUCUACGCUCCUCUAGUCAAACAUAAGCCUCUCAUUGCCUUUCACAGAGCCGCUGUUUACACAGCAGCACGGCUAUCGUUGCCACGUGCGUCAUCCUGCCUGUUUCUCACACAACCAGAACUUUUUGGCUAUUCAGAAAUAUUUCCUGGAAGUCUGAAUCAUUUCUUUUUAUGAGGUACCUUUAUACAAUCAAAUAUUCAUUGAACAUGUAUCCAGUAAGUAUUAUCAUAGAGUAAGCAUAAAUGACUUCUUCAGUGGCCUCUGUGAAAACUUUACAUGUUCUCCUCUUGUUUAUAGAUUGCUAAUAUUGAUUUUACAGAAUUACAUGCAAAAAAAAAAAAAAAAAAUCGUUAGGGGGUGGAAAUGUUACAUUUAUCAUUAUUUGGACACAGACAGCAUGGUGGCCUCGCACCUCCAGGGUCCAAGGGUUUUAUUCCCACCUCAGGAGUUUGCAUGUUCUCCCCAUGCUUGCUGGGUUUCCUUCGGUUUCCUCCCACCCUCCAAAGAAAUGCAGAUUAGGUUAGUUGGUGUUCCCCAACUGCAUGUAGUGUGUGUGUGCCCUGCGAUGAAUUGGCAACCCUGUCCAAGGUGUACCCAUCCUCGUGCCCAAAGUUUCCUGAGAAAUGCUCCAGCCACCCGCAACCCUGUACAAGAUAAGCGGUAUAGAAUAUUGAUGUAUAGAUAUAUGUAUAGAUAAAUUAUUUGGACACAAUGUAUGUCAUCUUAUACUAAAGUAUCUGAAGCCCCUUUCACAGUUGUAACAGUCUUUGCUCACACUAACUGCAAUUCACUUUUUCCACACAUUUUAUACAAUAUACCACUAAUCUGAUUAAUGUGAUAAGAACUGACAUGAAACAAGUGAUAAACAGGUCAACUGCUAUUUGAAUCACAAGUAAAAAUGGAGCACUUAAAAACCACAAAUGUUUUCUCCAUAUUGUUUGUUUUAAAGAUUAAAAACCCAAUUCAU